AUGCAUAUAUGCUUUUAUUUCUGCAACAGAGAGUGUAAAUUACCCAAAAUGUGUGCACUUGUCCCUCCAUUGUUUCCAAAUUUCGGGUGGCCUUGCGGAGAUCAUAGCUUAUAUGAAAACGACGACUUAGCCAAUACGUUUGUUGAUUUUCCGUUGCCGGAGUUGGAGGUGGCUCAUCAGAAUGUGUCGUCGGAGAGAAAUAGCGUAUACGAGUUAAAGAAUCCCGUUGUGAUGAAGAAGCUUAAUCACAAUGCGAGUGAGCGUGAUCGUCGCAAAAAGAUCAACGCAAUGUUCUCAUCACUUCGUUCUUGUCUUCCGGCCACCGAUCAAUCGAAGAAGUUAAGCGUUUCCGCAACAGUUUCACAGGCAUUGAAGUACAUACCAGAACUGCAAGAGAAAGUUAAGAAGCUCAUAAAGAAAAAAGAAGAACUCUCGUUCCAAAUCUCGGGCCAAAGAAAUCUCAUUAACACCGACCAAAACGGUAAGCCAGAGAAAGGGGUCACAAGUUAUGCAUCGACAGUUUCUACUACUAGGCUCGGUGAGACUGAAGUAAUGGUCCAAAUUUCAUCAUUAAAGACUGAGAAGUGUUCGUUUGGGAAUGUGUUAAGUGGCGUAGAAGAAGAUGGGUUGGUUCUUGUGGAUGCUUCAUCUUCAAAGUCUCAAGGAGAGAGACUCUUUUACACUUUGCAUCUUCACCUGGAUAAUUGCAAGCUGAAUUGCGAAGAGUUAAGUGAUAGGCUGUUGUAUUUGUACGAGAAAUGUGGAAACUCGUUUACAUGA